AUGCAUGCAAGCCAGCGUGCCAUGACGGGGAGACGUUCACCGGAGGCUCAAUUGGCCCAUAAGGAUGCCACCGUGGAAGUGGUGCCCACGGAGGUGGUCGAUGAGCCGGAUGGGGAGAGCUCGAACAUGUCUCUUUUGCUGGGCUUCGAUUACGAAGGGGUGAACGACAUUCAAGACAUGAAAAUCGAUCGUUGGGCAACAUUUCUGCGACGGUGA